GGCUCUCCCCACCUCGGUCCGGGGGAGGGACGGGGACCCCGGGGUGUCCCCGUGGGGUGGGCUCAGGGGCCCCACUGCUGCGUGUCGCAAUCGGGGCCGCUUCCAGGUGAGCCGGGAACGCCCUGGGACGUCAGGGAGGGGCGGGAGCCUCCUUAAAGCCCUCGGGCCCCGCGGGAUGGGCGCGAGGUGAGGGCGAGCGGGCGGCACUGCUCCCACGGCUCCGCGGCCGACUGCAGGACAGGCGGACACAGCGGGACAGACGGACACAGCGGGACGCGCGGACGGGUGAGCACGGGGCGAUGGCGGAGGGCACGGAGCUGGAAUGGGCCGUCCAGGUGCUGGUGAACAACUUCGACAAGUAUUCGAGCCGCUGCUGCUGCCGGAAGCCGCGGCGCAUCAGCAAGAAGGAUUUCCGCAAGAUGCUGAGCCGUGAGCUCAACCACAUGCUGACGGACACCGGGAACAGGCGGGCGGCCGACAAGCUGAUCUGCGACCUGGACGAGAACAAGGACGGGCGCAUCAGCUUCGAGGAGUACUGGACCUUGAUAGGUGGCAUCGCCAGCCCCAUCGCCCACAUCAUCCGCCAGCAGGAGCAGAGCGUCAAGCUCACCAA